AUGACAGCAGCUAGACGUUUAUCUGUUAUAAAUUAUGAAACAACUCAGCUGGAUGAUUAUUACAUUGAAGAAAAAUUGAAAGCGUUACAUGAUGAACACUUUGACUUUGUAGCAAAUCCUUUAGAUAGUGUAGCGGUUAUCAAUCAUUUAAACAAGGAUAGAAUAAUAACAUCAUCAUGGAAAUCUGUUACAGAUAUACCACAGUCCGAAUUAUUUGAAGAAUUUGGGUUAUGUGAAGUCACUACAACAGAUCACUCUGCUUCUGUUGACUCAUCAUCCAAUUCUGUUAAUUAUAAGAAAAUAUUUGAAGAGUCAUCCGCUAUAACUCCCUGGACUUAUAUUCUGGAGAAGUCAAACAACCCAACUCAUGUUGACAAUAACAAUAACGCUAACAGCAUUCAUAAUGAAGAUAUCUUGGCAAACUACGAGUGUACUGAUGUUACUACCACUGUGUGUACACUGGAUUCCGAGAUGUCUGAAUGA